GGUGCAACCGACUGUGGAGAUGGAAGGUUCUGCGAAGCGGGCCUUCAAUGUGCUACUAAAAAUUUUUGCAUGCCAGUGGGUGCAACUGACUGUGGUGGAUACCACUGUGAUGCGCUUCGUGAUAAUUGUUAA